CGCGAGUCUGAAGGAACCGAUCUGACUCGUCUCUAUCGGAACAAAUCAACUACUUUCUCAGCUCAUUCUAUUCGAAGACCGCCCGUGAAUGGAUUUCUCCCGGAUUUGCCCAGACUAACAUGGAUGCCCCACCGUUAGCUGAGUGGGAAGGUUGUUUCUUGGCGCAGUGAGCUGGACACGCAGCGCUUGCUAAUGGAUCUGGGGAAACGAAUGAUACCUUCUCCCUGACUGACCAUGCCGUGAUCUUGCGCGUGGGCCGUCACCCUGCUUAACGUCAAAAGAAACAUUUCGGGGGAAUCUACCGAUCCAGGGAAUAAAUACUGUGGCAUCACACAGACACCAUGAAGAUUACCUCCCCGCUCAUAAGUAAAGCGAGAUUCAGGUGCACCGUCAGGCUUCUACUGCUGCUAUUACUAUGUGUGGGAUAUUCUCGCGGGAUGCCACACGUUUUAAGAUUUGGAGGAAUAUUCGAGUCCAUUGAGUCGGGGCCGUCAGGUGCUGAGGAACUAGCCUUUAAAUUUGCUUUAAAUACAAUCAACAGGAACAGAACCCUACUGCCAAACACAACGCUAACAUACGACAUCCAACGGAUAAACAUCUACGACAGCUUCGAAGCCUCCAGAAAAGCCUGCGACCAACUAUCUCUGGGGGUGGCGGCCAUCUUCGGCCCCUCCCACAGCUCGUCGGCCAAUGCGGUCCAGUCCAUCUGUAACGCGCUUGGCGUGCCCCACAUCCAGACCAAAUGGAAGCACCAGGUGUCUGACAACAGGGACUCCUUCUACGUCAGCCUCUACCCAGACUUCUCCUCUCUCAGCCGUGCCAUUCUGGACCUGGUUCACUUCUUCAAGUGGAAGACGGUCACCGUUGUCUAUGAUGACAGCACAGGUCUUAUUCGGUUACAGGAGCUCAUAAAGGCUCCAUCUCGCUACAACAUCCGCUUGAAGAUCCGCCAGUUGCCAGCGGAUACCAAGGACUCCAAGCCUCUCCUCAAGGAGAUGAAGAGAGGGAAGGAGUUCCACGUCAUCUUCGACUGUGGACACGAAAUGGCUGCCGGCAUCCUAAAACAGGCUCUUGCUAUGGGGAUGAUGACAGAGUACUAUCACUACAUCUUCACCACACUGGACCUGUUUGCGCUGGACGUGGAGGCCUACCGUUACAGUGGGGUGAACAUGACUGGCUUUAGGAUCCUGAAUACGGAGAACAGCCAAGUGGCCUCCAUCAUAGAGAAGUGGUCCAUGGAACGCCUGCAGGCCCCGCCCAAACCUGACUCUGGCCUACUGGACGGCUUCAUGACGACGGACGCUGCGCUCAUGUACGAUGCCGUGCACGUGGUGGCCGUGGCCGUGCAGCAGUCUCAGCAGAUCACUGUCAGCUCCCUACAGUGCAACAGACACAAACCCUGGCGCUUUGGGAACAGAUUCAUGGCCCUCAUCAAAGAUGCCCACUGGGAUGGCUUGACUGGGCGGAUCACUUUCAACAGAACCAACGGCUUGAGGACAGACUUUGACCUGGAUGUGAUUAGUCUGAAGGAGGACGGACUGGAGAAGAUUGGAACAUGGGACCCUCCUAGUGGCUUGAACAUGACAGACCACCAGAAAGGGAAGACAUCCAAUGUCACAGACUCCUUAGCCAACAGAUCUCUAGUUGUCUCCACCAUACUGGUGGAGCCCUAUGUGAUGUUCAAGAAGUCAGACAAGCCCCUUUACGGUAACGACCGCUUUGAGGGUUACUGCAUCGACCUGCUGAGGGAGCUGGCUAGCAUCCUGGGGUUCACCUACGAGUUGCGUCUGGUGGAGGACAGCCGCUACGGAGCCCAGGACGAGACCACGGGCCAGUGGAACGGCAUGGUCAAGGAGCUGAUCGACCACAAAGCUGAUCUGGCAGUGGCUCCCCUGGCCAUCACCUACGUGAGGGAGAAGGUCAUCGACUUCUCCAAGCCCUUCAUGACACUGGGGAUAAGUAUCCUCUACCGCAAGCCCAACGGAACCAACCCUGGGGUCUUCUCCUUUCUCAACCCCCUCUCACCCGAUAUCUGGAUGUAUAUUCUGCUGGCUUACUUGGGUGUCAGUUGUGUGCUGUUUGUCAUAGCCAGGUUUAGUCCCUACGAGUGGUAUAACCCCCACCCCUGCAACCCCGACUCAGAUGUAGUGGAAAACAAUUUCACCCUUCUAAAUAGUUUCUGGUUCGGAGUUGGAGCUCUCAUGCAGCAAGGCUCUGAGUUAAUGCCCAAAGCCCUGUCCACCAGGAUCGUAGGAGGCAUCUGGUGGUUCUUCACCCUGAUAAUCAUCUCCUCCUACACGGCCAACCUGGCUGCCUUCCUCACUGUGGAGAGGAUGGAGUCGCCCAUCGACUCAGCUGACGACCUGGCCAAGCAGACCAGGAUAGAGUAUGGAGUGGUGGAGGAAGGAUCCACCAUGACCUUCUUCAAGAAAACCAAGAUCUCCACAUACGACAAGAUGUGGGAGUUUAUGAGCAGUCGGAGGCACUCUGUGAUGGUGAAGGAUAUUGACGAAGGGAUCCACCGAGUUCUCACCUCGGACUACGCCUUCCUCAUGGAGUCCACCACCAUCGAGUUUGUCACCCAGCGCAACUGCAACCUUACGCAGAUAGGGGGUCUCAUCGACUCCAAAGCCUACGGUGUGGGAACCCCCAUGGGCUCUCCGUACAGAGACAAGAUCACCAUAGCGAUCCUGCAGCUGCAGGAAGAAGGAAAGCUGCACAUGAUGAAGGAGAAGUGGUGGAGGGGGAACGGUUGUCCGGAGGAUGAGAAGAAUAAGGAGGCCAGCGCUCUGGGGGUCCAGAACAUCGGGGGCAUCUUUAUUGUGCUGGCGGCUGGACUCGUCCUGUCGGUGUUCGUGGCAGUCGGAGAGUUCAUCUAUAAGUCCAAACAAAACGCACAACUGGAAAAGCCCCAACGGCACCAAGGUGAUAGGAAGCGUGAGGAGUUCUGCUGUCACCACGGACCCUCCAAGCAGCUACCUGUAGACUUUAACCACCAGCUCAAAUGACCUCCAGAAAGACUCCAGAGACUCCAGUCAUCUACAUUUACCUUACAAUGCACAAAUUGUACUUUUUUAACUUCAGAUAGUUCCCGAUUGGGAAGUCUCCUGUCGGAAGAACUGGCAGCAAUGUUAUGGUCACAACGUUUGAAUGAAAAGUUUCCAUUGGUGCAUGGUUGGGUGUAUGUUUUCGAAAGGCGGCCCUAAAACUAUAGGUGCAGGGUUUCACACGAUGGGAUUGGAAGGUUGGCCCAAAUGCAUGAUCCAUAAGGCUGAAGUAAAUGUCACCAGUCUUCAUGUCACCCUCAACACACAGCCACAGCAAUCCUCUCCCAAAAAACAAAUUGUUAUUAUCAGAUACAAACUUUUGGACAGACAAGCCAAAAUGAAUCAAGCUAUAAUUGCAAACUCUGAAGGCUUGGUUUUGAAAACACAUGUAAGCUUUCAGAUAUUAUAACAUACUAUCUACUCUACUGAAUAAUCUCAUAUUGAAAGUGUAAUGCUACAACAACACAUCACUCAUUGUCAACACCAUGUACACCUUUUGAUGUUCCCCUUAAUCCCAUGUCCUGUCCUUCCUGUCUUGUCCUUCUUGUCCUGAUCUGUCCUUCCUCUCCGGUCCUUUCUGUCCUUCCUGGGAUUCCUGUCCUGUCUUUCAUGUCCUGUCCCGUCCUGUCUUUCCUUUCUAACACAGUGCUCUCUCACCCAACAACAGUCUCAUAAAUCUCAAACGCCAACCCCUACUUAGCUCUCCACAGGAGCCUGGUCUGCACUAAGAGCUUUCUUCUACACCCUCCAUCGAUCCCACAAUGCAGUGAUGCUGCUGCUGCUUCUCGGCCAUAAGCCCCCAUAUCAAUGAUUCACAGCAUCUAGUCAUGAAGUGAUGUUCAGAGUCCUUCUGUCAACGACAACACACACACACACACACACACACACACACACACACACACACACACACACACACACACACACACACACACACACACACACACACACACACACACACACGCACAGCACUACACCCACAGAGCAGCCAGGGGAGACGGGAGGGGAGGUCCCCCAUCAAUAGGAUGUCAUUUAAAGAAUGCUAAAGAACGAUAUGGCUAAUAAAAACCCAUAUGGAAGGUUGGUAGUGAGUAGGGAGUAAUAGUCAGCCGAGCCAGAGAAAAGAGAAGGAGAGUGAUGAUUUAAUAGAAACCUCAACAUCGUUUGAUGUUGAUCAUGAUCUCUUCCUGGUGUUCUUCAGCAUGUCUUUGUGUCAGACACAGCAGUUGAGGAAGAUACGUUUCACCCUCUUAUCAGCUCAGAACUAGGUGGAGGAGAGUAGAUAGCAGAUAUAUCCAGACAGAGAAUAGAAUAGACAGAGAAUAGAAUAGAAUAGACAGAGAAUAGAAUAGACAGAGAAUAGAAUAGAACAGACAGAGAAUAGAACAGACAGAGAAUAGAACAGACAGAGAAUAGAAUAGAACAGACAGAGAAUAGAACAGACAGAGAAUAGAAUAGACAGAGAAUAGAAUAGACAGAGAAUAGAAUAGAAUAGACAGAGAAUAGAACAGACAGAGAAAAGAAUAGACAGAGAAUAGACCUCACUCACAUAUCUCACUCACACAUCACAUAUCUGUUUCAAGAUGAGUUGUUAGAUGUCAGUCCAUUUAGCAUUUUAUUUUCACACUACCUGUGCCUAUAUGCUACAAUUAUAUAAGUUGUGUAACUCAACAUUUUAACACCCAAUUGAUAACUGACAAAGGUGUAUAUUGCUUUUCAUAAAUUCUCAUAAUCAAUCUUUUUUUUAUGUCAGAUGAUCUGAGAAGCAAUACAUUUUUUACUCAUCCAAAACAAAAAGACAUUCUCCAAGAGGUUUGAGUGUCACACAAUCACAACGUGUAUUUUAGUAUGUGUGGCCCAUUGCCACUGUUUUAACUGUUAAACCUUGACACGAUAUGCAGAGUACCAAGUGUACCAAGUAUUCCCAUAUCAAUCCAAUAAUUAGUCACAUUUGAAAAUACCUGAUAUUUUAUUUAAUUGCACAAGAUCCUUUACUUGAAUGUGUCAACAGUACAGGGUUGUAUUUUCACCAUGAUGCUGAAAGUGUCAAUUUGAAAAUGUUCUACUAAGCAUCUCUUUGUUGGGUUUGUCAUGCUUGAUAGCGCACACCCUGCAAUUUGCAUUUUUUAAAGUACCAGUCAGAAGUUAGGACACACCUACUCAUUCAAGCACUUUUCUUUAUUUUUACUAUUUUCUAUAUUGUAGAAUAAUAGUGAGGACAUCAAAACUAUGAAAUCAUGUAGUAACCCCAAAAUAUUUUUUCUAUUUUAUAUUCUUCAAAGUAGCCACCCUUUGCCUUGAUGACAGCUUUGCACACUCUUGGCAUUCUCUCAACCAGCUUCAUGAGGUAGUCACCUGGAAUGCAUUUCAAUUAACAGGUGUGCCUUGUUAAAAGUUUUAUUUUGUGGAAUUUAUUUCCUUCCCAAUGCAUUUGAGCCAAUCAGUUGUGUUGUGACAAGGUAGAGGUGGUAUAUAGAAGAUAGCUCCAUUUGGUAAAAGACUAAGUCCAUAUUAUGGCAAGAACCGCUCAAAUAAACAAAGGGAAACAACAUUCCAUCCUUAAUUUAAGACAGGAAGGUCAGUCAAUUCGGAGAAUGCCAAGA